GCUAUGUUGUUGACGAUACCUCCGAUAGGUGGCUGCUAUUGGAAGAAAGAUGGUUUGACAAGACAAUUGUGUUGUGGAAAGAAAAAAAAAUUUCAACGGAAAUGGCUACCCAAAAGCCCGUAGAAUGGGUUUCUUCGUUGAUUAUUCGUUUUGAAGAACAGUUACCUUACCGAACAGGACCACAAACAUCACAUGCACGUCAAAUGGUGGAACAAAAUAAGGAGUGUCUCAUCCAAAUCAGCAAAUAUAAAUUUUCCCUAGUGAUAUCAGGACUUACGAAGAUUUUACAGAGGGUCAAUGAAUCAAGAACACAUGGACCUGACUAUGAGAAAAAUUAUUAUGAAUCAUUACUAAUUGUAUUAGACACUUUAGAGAAAUGUCUCAGUGGUCAACCUAAGGAUACAACAAGAUUUGAUGAAGCCAUGAAUGUAAAACUGUUACUACGAGAAAUCUGCCAAUUUAUUGAUUUGCCAAAUGAAAAUCCAAUGGUUAACCAGCUUAAAGCUUUAGCUUCAAAAGUUUUAUUUGCUCUUAGUCUCAACAAUUUCAAUGCCGUUUUCAGUCGGAUAUCAUCAAGAUUGCAAGAGUUAAGUUCAUCCAACGAAGAGAAUCCUGACUUAAGUGACAUCGAACUCAUCCAACACAUAAAUGUAGAUACGAUACGACUAAUAAAAUUGUUGAAUGAGACAAUAUCAAAAAGUAAAUUAUUAAGAAAAUCGGUGCAUUUAGUUUUGAUCGCCUCUUUAGAAAAAGCUAUUUGGAAUUGGAUGGAUACUUACCCACACGAGUUUACUGAAAUUCAAAAAUGUCCUAAUGCAGACUUGUCAAAGUGUUGCGAGCAGCUUUUUGACAUACUUGAUUCGUUUGCGGAAAACAACAAACGGCGCGCGGCAGUAUGGCCAUUACAGAUCAUGUUGUUGGUUAUAUCGCCUAAAGUGUUGGAAGAAAUUGUAAACGCGGAUUCUGGAGCUCCUUGCUCACCUCGGCAUUCACGUAAAAAGACAUUUCUAGAUUCCCUAAAAAAAGCCCUGGCGCCCCACAGCUCUAGUCGACAACUGACAGAAGCGGCUGCCGUCACUGCCGUCAAGCUUUGUAAGGUCUCUACUUACAUUCAUUUCUUGGAUUCCGGAAAUGUUGUUUUUGCUCUUGUUCAGUCUGUGCUCAACGACUUGAAAGUGUUACUGUUCAAUCCGGGCAAGCCAUUUUCCCGCGGACAGGCCUACAUGAAUCAGGACAUCGACUUGAUGAUUGACUGUUUCGUAUCUUGUUUCCGCAUAAAUCCCCACAACAACGAAGCUCUUAAAGUAUGCCUCAAUCCACAUUCACCUCCAACUUUUCACUAUGUCCUCGUUGCCUCCCUCUACAGAAUUAUCACACAGCAACUCUUGUCGUGGUGGCCACAUAUUGACCUAAUGUACAACAAGUCAGCCGAACUGCGGGCCAUGUUUAUCGAUACGUUAACGAAAGUCACGCAAGGCUGUAUCUCACACACUCCACUUAGAAUGAUUCAGAGUCUGACACUAAAAGAAAAAGUGAAUCCGCUUAAGAACUUCAAGGAGAAAGCGUCGGAAGAGGGUCCUUCUUACAAAAACUUGCUAUUGUCGAUGGUCCGAUUGAUUCAUGCCAAUCCGCUGCUCAUGUUAAACAACCAAGGGAAAGCUGGACACGAGAUUCAAAGCUCUACACUGGAAUUAAUCAAUGGUUUAGUUUCGCUGGUUCAUCAACCCAAUAUGGCUGACAUGGCACAGGAGGCCAUGGACGCCUUACUCGUGCUUCAUCAACCAGAAAAAAUUGAGAUGUGGAAUCCUGAAGCCCCGAUUAACACCUUUUGGGACGUCAGUUCACAAGUCCUAUUCAGUAUAUCGCAAAAGCUGAUCCAACACCAGAUUGUCAAUUAUACCGAUAUAUUGCGUUGGCUACGUGAAGUGCUGACCUGCCGGAAUUCCUUCUUACUUCGACAUCGAGAUUACGCUAACGUGGGUAGUCAAGUCAGCGUUGCUAAGCAAGCGCACAUCAAACUUGAGGUGGUGUUUUUCCUCUAUUUGUGGAGUAUUGACAUGGAUGCCGUCCUUGUUUCGAUGAGCUGUUUCAACCUACUAUGCGAAGAGGCCGAUAUCCGCUGUGGAAGUGACGACGUAACGGUCACGUAUCUGCUACCCAAUUACCACGUCUACCAGGAACUUGCCGCUGCUUCCACUGUUCUCACAACCGCCGGCUUGGAUUCUCGUGCUCCCUGCCAACAACUACAGCACGGGCGUGCUGCCUUACAGAAGCGAAUCAUGACAUUGCUGCGUAAAAUUGAACAUUGUACGCCUGGGUGCCUACAGGCAUGGGAAGAUACAUUCAAAAAUUGGGAUAUUGCCACUAAGCAGUUACAGUCUUAUCCAAAAGCUCGCGUGGAAGAAGGGCAAACCAAUGAAUCUUUUCACCGAUCAGCCGGCAAACGGAGAGCAUCUCAUCAGAGCACGGAACAUGAACUAGAGGAUCAAGUCAACGAGUGGGCUAACAUGACGGGCUUCCUUUGUGCGCUCGGAGGUGUUUGUCUGCAGCGACGCUCUCCCCGACCGAUUUUAUCAUCGACGUCUACCCCUUCAGGCGGAGUAAUUGAUCGGAAAUCCAACCUUGUGGCAAACAAUUUAAGUCAAAUGCAAGAUAAUAAUCAGUACUGCCCGGUAACUUCAUUCGUGGGACACCUUCUGCGGCUGUUGUUGUGCGCCAACGAAAAAUUUGGUGCUCAAAUCCAGAAACAUGUCAAGGAACUAGUGGGCCACGAAAUGGCCCCCGCUCUGUACCCUAUCCUCUUUGACCAAAUUAAGGCACUCGUGGAAAAGUUUUUUGAUCAUACUGGUCAGGUCGUGGUUAACGAAUCACAUACGCAGUUCAUCGAGCACGUCAUUUUCAUCAUGAAGAAUGUGUUAGAAAACAGUAAUAACAAGAACGACACACCUGCAGAGCAUUUGGGUGUAACCAGUAUUGAAGGAAUGAUGCUUGCAAUUGUCCGAUAUGUACGCCAUUUGGAUACUACAGUUCACGCCAUACACAUCAAAACAAAAUUGUGCCAACUAGUGGAGACGAUGAUGGCCCGUCGCGAUGAUUUAGCCUUCCGCCAGGAGAUGAAGUUCCGAAAUAAGCUAGUCGAAUACCUCACUGACUGGGUCAUGGGUAAUUCUCAUCAAAUUGCCCCGCCUAGUUCCGGUGACGUUAGCUCCAUAACUAGGGAUCUGGACCAGGCAUGCAUGGAUGCGGUUGCGGCUUUAUUGCGUGGCUUGCCUCUUCAACCGGAAGAGUCAGAUCGAGGUGAUUUGAUGGAAGCCAAGUCGCAGCUGUUCCUGAAAUACUUCACCCUUUUCAUGAACCUUCUGAAUGACUGCACCGAUGUGUCAGAAAUUGAAAAAGAGGUUGGUGCUCGCUCUCGAGUGGGCGUUGCUGUUGGGGUAGGAGUUGGUGUUGGUGCUGUGGCAGUAGCAGCAUCCCGGCUCGCCAAUCUGCGCAACUCCACCAUUCAGGCCAUGUCGAAUCUCCUGAGUGCCAAUAUUGACUCUGGCCUGAUGCAUUCAAUCGGACUUGGCUACCACAAAGAUCUUCAGACUCGUGCAGCUUUUAUCGAGGUGUUGACGAAAAUUCUCCAACAAGGCACAGAAUUCGACACCCUGGCUGAGACGGUACUUGCAGACCGCUUUGAGCAGCUAGUUCAGCUUGUUACGAUGAUUGGAGACAAAGGCGAAUUACCCAUUGCCAUGGCUUUGGCUUCCGUCGUUGUCACUCCUCAAAUGGAUGAGUUAGCUAGGGUGUUUGUGACCCUUUUUGAUGCCAAACAUUUGUUAGCCCCAUUAUUAUGGAAUAUGUUUUACAAGGAGGUCGAAGUCUCUGAUUGUAUGCAAACUCUUUUUCGGGGCAACAGCUUAGCAUCUAAGAUCAUGGCAUUCUGCUUCAAAAUCUAUGGCGCUUCAUAUCUUCAUAAUUUAUUACAACCCCUCUUGAAGCCGCUGUUGGAGAAUCCAUCAAUGAGUUUUGAAGUUGAUCCAGCGCGAUUAGACACCAAAGAUGAUAUUAAUGAAAAUCGAAACAAUCUAGUGACGUUAACCGAACGCGUUUUCUGUGCCAUUGUCUCAUCUGCAGACAAGUUUCCAACACAGUUGCGUAGCAUGUGCCAUUGCCUUUAUCAAGUGUUGAGUAAGCGGUAUCCACAAUUCCCUCAAAACAAUAUCGGAGCUGUAGGCACAGUGAUAUUUCUGCGCUUCAUCAAUCCAGCAAUUGUGUCCCCUUAUGAGAUGGGUAUCCUUGAUCGGCAGCCACCACAUACCAUUAAAAGAGGUUUAAUGCUUAUGUCGAAGACGCUACAAAAUAUUGCCAAUCACGUUGAAUUCUCAAAGGAACAGCAUAUGCUCUACUUCAACGAUUUGCUAAGGUCACAUUUCGAUGCCGGACGGAGAUUCUUCAUUCAAAUCGCCUCUGAUUUCGAGACGGCUGAACAGGGCAGUAGUCAUUCAAUGGCUUUCAUAAGCGAUGCUAAUGUGCUGGCUCUUCACCGGCUGUUGUGGAACCACCAGGAAAAGAUUGGCGAUUAUUUAUCUUCGAGCCGAGAUCACAAAGCCGUUGGUCGAAGACCUUUCGACAAGAUGGCCACUCUUUUAGCGUAUUUAGGACCACCAGAGCACAAACCUGUUGAUUCUCAGUGGAGUAGUAUGGACAUGACGAGCACAAAAUUCGAAGAAAUCAUGUCCAAGCACAAUAUGCACGAGAAAGAUGAAUUCAAAUCCAUUAAAUCGCUCAACAUCUUCUACCAGGCAGGCACUUCCAAGGCUGGCAAUCCUGUCUUUUAUUAUAUUGCUCGGCGCUACAAGAUCGGCGAGACGAACGGCGAUUUGCUCAUUUAUCACGUGAUCCUAACACUGAAGCCCUUCUGCAGCAAGCCAUUUGAAUUGGUGGUCGACUUUACUCACACAUGUUCCGAUAACCGCUUUCGUACCGAAUUCCUUCAAAAAUGGUUUGUCGUCCUGCCCGAAAUUGCCUACGAAAACAUCCAUGCGUGCUACAUCUAUAAUUGCAACUCGUGGGUUCGUGAGUAUACAAAAUACCAUGACCGCAUCCUAGCUCCGCUUAAAGGCAACCGAAAACUUUAUUUUUUGGAUGGGCCUCAGCGGCUCAGCGAAUUUGUUGACGUGGAGCAACAGAAACUGCCAGGAGCUACCCUCUCGCUUGACGAAGAUCUCAAAGUGUUCAACAACGCACUGAAGCUAUCGCACAAAGACACCAAAGUGGCCAUCAAGGUAGGCCCGACUGCCAUUCAAGUAACGGCUGCCGAGAAGACGAAGGUCCUGUCGCACUCUGUUCUCUUGAACGACGUGUAUUAUGCGUCUGAAAUCGAGGAAGUGUGUCUUGUUGAUGACAAUCAAUUCACCUUGACUAUAGCCAAUGAAUCUGGACCGCUAUCUUUUAUUCAUAACGAUUGCGACAGCAUAGUUCAAGCCAUCAUUCACAUAAGAACGCGCUGGGAACUUUCACAACCCGACUCGGUCACCGUUCAUCAGAAAAUCCGACCCAAAGAUGUUCCCGGUACUCUACUGAACAUGGCACUUCUCAAUCUUGGUUCCUCUGAUCCAAACUUGAGAACGGCCGCUUACAAUUUACUAUGCGCCCUGACGGGCACAUUCGACUUGAAGAUCGAAGGACAACUUUUGGAAACAUCUGGUUUAUGCAUUCCCAGCAACAAUACGCUUUUCAUCAAGUCCGUCAGUGAGAAAUUGGGCCACAACGAGCCUCACCUGACGCUGGAAUUUUUGGAAGAGUGCAUCCAAGGUUUCCGAGCUUCUACCAUUGAACUGAAACAUCUUUGCCUCGAAUACAUGACGCCCUGGCUGCCUAAUCUGGUGCGCUUCUGCAAGCACUCUGAUGAGACCAAACGCCAAAAAGUUGCCAUCAUCCUGGAUAAGCUCAUCACUUUGACGAUCGAAGAAGUGGAAAUGUACCCAUCCAUCCAAGCCAAAAUCUGGGGAAAUUUAGGAAUCGUCUCAGAACUUAUCGACAUGAUCCUUGAUAGCUUUAUCAAGCGAUCGGUGACCGGUGGACUCGGUUCAGCUCAGGCCGAGAUCAUGGCUGACACGGCAGUAGCACUGGCUUCAGCUAAUGUUCAGCUCGUGGCACGCAAAGUUAUUGGCCGUCUUUGUCGUGUCUUGGAAAAGACAUGCACCAGCCCAACGGCGAACCUGGAACAACACUUGAUGUGGGACGAUAUUGCCAUCUUGGCCCGUUACUUGCUCAUGUUGUCGUUCAACAACUGUCUGGACGUGGCUCGCCAUCUACCCUAUCUCUUUCACUCUAUCACUUUGCUCGUGUGUACCGGUCCGCUGAGCCUUCGAGCCUCACUUCAUGGCUUGGUGAUUAACAUCAUUCAUUCACUGUGCACUUGCACCAAACCUUCGUUUUCAGAAGAGACGCGUCGUGUCUUGAAUCUGUCGCUGGAUGAAUUUUCACUGCCCAAAUUUUACUUGCUCUUCGGUAUCAGCAAAGUCAAGUCUGCAGCUGUAACAGCUUUCCGUUCCAGCUACAGACACGGCCCUGGUGAGCGUUCAUGGCACAACGUGGAACGAAGCUUUUCUGGAUCGGCCGCUUCCGACCGUGAAAGGCUCUCGUUGACUUCUCUUGAAAUCAUUACGGAUGCUUUGCUGGAAAUGCUUGAGGCUUGUGCCCGUGACAUCCCCGAAUGUGAUUGGGUUCAAGUAUGGACCACUCUUGCGAAAAGUUUUGCCUUCCGCUAUAAUCCAGCGCUGCAGCCGAGGGCUUUGAUAGUUUAUGGCUGUAUCAGCAAAGUGAUUACAGAUCGUGAUGUAAAACAAUUGUUGCGUAUUUUGGUUAAAGCUCUGGAGAGUUUUACCGACACGACACUGAUCGAUGCUAUCGUCAUGUGUUUGACUCGAGUCCUUCCUCUUCUCCGACCGGAAUCGCCCAUCCAUCCAGCAGUCUUUUGGGUGGCUAUCUCUGUGUUGCAGCUGGACGAGGUCUCGUUGUACGCUUCUGGAUUAGCACUUCUAGAACAGAACUUGCACACACUCGAUUCCCAAGGAUUAUUCGAGUCACGAUCGCUAGAACAGGUUAUUAUGGCGGCUAGGGAACCUCUCGAAUGGCAUUUUAAGCAGCUAGAUCACACUGUCGGUCUUAGUUUCAAGACAAGUUUCCAUUUUGCAUUGGUGGGCCACCUCCUGAAAGGUUUCCGACAUUUGACGCCGACAACAGUCUCUCGAACAACACGCAUUCUCAACAUGUUGCUAGCCAUCGUGGCCAAACCUAACAAACGCGACAAAUUCGAAGUGACUCCGCAGUCAGUUGCCUACCUGGCCGCGUUAGUUUCCGUCUCGGAGGAGGUUCGUGGCCGUUGUCAUGCCCGGCAGCCGCGAUUACGCAGCAACAACAGUUCUGGAUCGGGAUCAGGUUCCGGUUCAGGAUCGGUUUCUGGUUCAGCGAUGGGUUCCAACGAUCCGUUCAACGUCAGCGACCUUCGCCUUGAUCUCCACACUGCAGGGAUUCGGCAUAACUCUACCACCUUGGGUGGAGGUAACCAUCAAGCUGGUGGAACUGGAGUGACAACGACUACUGGUACUGGAAGUCUUAGUCCAAUCAGUAAUUACAGCUGCGCCAGCACGGCCCUGCUGCACACAUCGGCCAGCCACAACGCCCUUUCUAGCAUCCAAGGCUCAACGCUCAACAGUCCGAUUUCGUCGGGUUCCAAUAACUCGAGCACCACCCAUCUUUUGGUACCUGUCGGUGGCGGUUCAUGUAGCUCUCAGACGGCGCUCAUUCCCAGUCUAGUGGAUUCCGAUUCGCCUCCUUCUGGCCGAAGGCAAACGUCGUGGGAUCUUCUGGACCAGAAUGCCAUCAGCCAGGCCAAACAGCAGCAACAGAAACAACAAAACCAAUCGCAGCUUCAAAACCAGUCGACCCAAGCUCAGCAACAAGCAGACGGAUCUGGUGCCAAAGCCCUGUUCAAAACCCAGCGAUCUUUCUCCGUUCCGACUACACGUGAUCAGCGGUCACUCGAACGCAAUUCCAGCAAUUGUCAGAAAGGUGGCGAGCGCAGUCAAUCUCCCAAUUCCAACAACACUGUCGCUUGCACUACAGCAAACAGCAGUGCCGGUACGACAACGCCCACGCCACCGGCCAGUUGCACUCGCCGACCUGAGCGAGGAUCCGUCUCGGGCGAAUCUAAUUGCCUCUUGGAUCCCGAAAUUCUAACCAACUUUCCGACCCAAGCCCUAGUGUUGACGGUGUUGGCAACGUUGGUCAAGUACACGACGGACGAGAACGAAAUGCGAGUCUUGUACGAAUACCUUGCCGAGGCGUCGGUAGUCUUCCCCCGCGUCUUCCCCAUCAUUCAUUCGCUGUUGGAUGCCAAAAUCACCAAUGUUCUCUCGCUCUGUCACGACCAGGGCAUCCUUGCUGCUGUCCAGAGUAUUAUUCAGAACAUGAUCGCCCUCGAAGGGGCAGCAGGUGAGCAGCAGCAGCAAUUGCACUACUUGCAAAGUUGUGGCUUUGGUGGACUUUGGCGCUUUGCUGGACCGUUCACCAAGUCGAACUGCACUGCGGAAAGUGCUGAGCUUUUCGUCAACUGCUUGGAAGCUCUAGUGGAGACAUGUUUGCCGGCGGAAGAGGGUGAAGCUGACCUUGCGCCAUUCCCUUCCAUGCUCAGCGUCUCCUCUAAUAUGAACCUGUCUUCUUCGCUGUCCUCCAUCACCUUGGGAUCUCCCACCGAUAAAGCAAAGUAAUGGAACAUUUUAUCAAAAGAAAAGAAACCCUAGCUCGCCAAAAAUGCCAACGAAAAAGAAGUAAACUCAAACACGUUUGCCACUUCCGCCAAUCGAUUGUUCUCAGUCUAUAUACCUUUCCUUCGCUCUCUGAUGGAAACGAUUCCAGCAUUUCACCACGUUCAAAAGUCAGUGUUACAAAAGACAUUGUGGGUCCCCCGAUGUGUGCGUGUUUGCCCUUAUUAUUGUACAGUCUUUCUUAAUUGACCGUUCCUUCUUUUCUCUGUGUUUCACGGCUUGGCUGUGUGUAUGUAUCAUUGUAUCCCACUCCCACCUCCGUCUCUUUCUAGCCAGCUUUGAUGCAUCCUUCGUUACUCGUUGAUUUGUUUCGUUUUCAACAAAAAUAAUAAGAAAAAAAAACAAGAAAAAAAAGUAGGGAAGAAUAACAUCAACAAACCCACAAAUGAAAAUCCUCACAUUUGAUUGCAAAGUUGAGGCAGGGUCCGUGGCGUGUUUCCCGCGCUUCCGAUACAUAUACAGAGGUUAUGUAUACAUGUAUGAACAAUUCUGUUGUGUGUGAGUGAUGCGAAUCGAGGCUAGAAGAGGUGAUUGUUUCGACGUACAGCUAUUGUUAUAUUUACGAAUUGUGCUGGAAAAUAGGGAAGGGUGAUCGGAAGAAUCCGAAUAUCGCACGCAUUCACACACACGUACACAUGCGCGCACGCUACUGUUGUCCGUUUGAUCUCGCUGUUUGAAGGAAAACAAAAUUUAUUUAUAAACAAAACUCCCCUGUACACUCACACAACCACGUACACAUGAAGACGUCGAAUGUUUUCUUUCUUUUUUUUACGGGAAAAACAAUUCCUUUUCCAAAUGCGCUCUCUUUCGUCCGCCCCCCCCCCCAUUUUAUUUUUGGUUUUUAUUCCCCUCUAGUAUCUCGUCUUCGAUAUUUAACUCUCCGUCUUUCGUCAUUGUAAAGUCGUUGGUUUAAAUAUAAUCACAGUGCUACUUAAAACAUGAA